AUGGCGACCGAAGAUUCCAGAUACCGGCAAAGCACACAGUACCGCCUCUGGUCUUUUUCGCCCUCACAACUGGCCGAGCUACGAUCAAAGACGAACCAGCUUGCCGCCACCAGCAUAUCCGGUCGAUUGAGCGCACGAAAUGGCGGCGAUGGCACGUCAACACCCAUCCCCGAGUUCUUGACGGCGGACGAGGAGCAGAAGCUGGUCACGUUUUACACAACACAACUCCUACGGGCUGCGGUGUUCCUCGAGCUCCCUACCGAGGAGAGAGCGACGGCCGCCGUAUUUUUCAAGCGCUUCUACGUCACCAACAGCGUCAUGACGUACCCGCCCAGCACAAUGAUCAAAACCGCCCUCUUCUUCGGCGCCAAGGCCGAAGGCUUCUACAUGCGGGUGGGCAAAAUUGCCGAGAAGAUCAAAGGUACCACCGUCGAGGAGAUCCUGGCCGGAGAGUUUCUGCUAUGCGAGGGCAUCCGGUUUGCCUUUGACGUCAGGCAUCCCUACCGUGCGCUCGAGGGAGCCAUCAUGCAGCUCAAGGCACUGGAGGACCUGGAUGAGAAGCACAUCAAAGCGGCACAUUCGCGGGCGAGGGAGAUUCUCAAGUUUAGCGCUCUCGUCACCGACGCCUACUUCCACUACACUCCAAGCCAGAUCAUGCUGGCCGCGCUUUCACUCGCCGAUCGAGCCCUGGCCGAGAGGUUGAUCGACGAGAGCUUCAAGGUCAACGGCGCACACCUCCCCAAGAAGGACUUGGGUGCAGUCGGGGCGCCGGUGCCCGAUAACAGCGGCAGCAAGGCAGCGCGGGCCAAGAACCGCGAGGCAGAGCGGGAGCGCAUCUUUGGCGCAGAGGUUCGGGACAAGGUCAUGGCCGUCAUACAGAGUUGCUCCGAUAUGAUGUCGCAUGAGCUGCCCGAACGUGACGACGGUUUUUGGAGUAACGAGGCCGGCGAGCUCUUCAAGCCUCUCACAAAGCGACUCAAGAAGUGUCGCGAUCCGGACCGGUCUGACCUCGUGGCGUUGCAGAAAGCACGGCGUGAGAGGGCCCUCAAUAGUGCGGACAGCGAUGACGAGAGGGAUCCUGGCAAGAAGAAUAAAAAGGCCACCAUUGAGGGAGACGGUUCUGUAUUUGGUGGUCCGGUUGGGGCGGACGCCAGAGACCCAAAACGGAGGAAGGUUAGCAAUGACCCUUUUGGGCCGCCACUGUAA